GCAGAAAGGAACUGGCAACUUGGAGGUUCGCUACCGUAAAUAAGGUGACUGACCAUCUACCUUGGAAACACAAGUUUCUGCAAUUUGGAUCUACAAACAAGAUCUAUAGAACCCAACCACUGUACCAAUCACUACCCGAAGUAUGAAGUUGACAUACUACCCCGCACAGGCAUCACCCAAUGGCACAGGUGUACUUGUCGUUCCUGGUGGAGGAUACGGUUAUGUUUCGCUCGAGAAAGAAGGCAUCAGUCCAGCAGCAUGGUUGAACGAACGAGGCUUUGACGCAUGGACACUCGAAUACACUACCACCGACACCGACGCACCUCCUAUUUAUCCUAAGCCCAUGAAUGAGGCUCUGGACGCAGUGCGCCAAAUUCGGCGCGAGGGUCGGGUUGCUAAGCUGGGCAUCUGGGGUUGGUCGGCAGGGGGCCACCUAGCCGCUAUCACUAUCACCAAUGCUGAAGCACAGCUGGAUUUCGCCAUUUUGGCAUAUCCUGUUAUCUCAAUGGAGCCUGAGACGACGCAUUUGGGUUCGCUACACAAUCUUCUUGGGCAUGACGCCGGCGCUGGACUACGCAAAUCAAUGAGUGCCGAAAACCGUGUCAGCCAACACACACCCCCAGUCUUUAUAUUUCACACAGGUAACGACGCAGCUGUGCCUGUCAUGAACGCGCUUUUGUUUGCAUCGGCCCUAGCGAGCCACGGAUGCGCUUUUCAGAUCCUGGUCUUGCCGGACGGACCGCAUGGCAUUGGUUUAGCCCUCGACGAUCCAAAGUUAAGUUGGACUGGGGAACUUGACCGGUGGCUGAAGACCUUUGUCACUGCACCCUAGGGGGCUGGCUCAUGGCUUGCAUGGCUUGCAUGGCCAUCUAGUACUAGGCAAUUCUAUGCAGCCGUACUAGGUACAGAGGUCCAAUGCUUUUGCAUUUGCUUUUCAGCAAGGCUGGCAAGCUGGACAAUAAUUGUGUUCUCCGGGUAUGUGCUUAUGUGCUUCCACACCUUUAGCAAGAGCCGUUCGAGUCCCAGAAUAGAAAAGAGUGCAGACUCUAGACUCUCGACUCAACAGGCUCCACUCGGUGAUGCCUGUCGCUACAGUAUACAGAU